AUGACCCCCAGCAAAUCAGCAGCUGUCGAUAACGGGCCGGAACGUCCUAGAGGCAGAGGGACAGGUCAGAGGCUGCAGAGGCAGAGUUGCGGGGGCAGCAGAGACUCCCAGACUUCCCCUUUGCAGACACCUCCCCCACCUCCCCCUCAGAGGGAGGCGUCCAGGGAGCACCCGAUAAAAAAGUCUGAUCCUCCUCAGCUGCUGGAGAAGCAGCUUUACUCCGAGCUUCUCCUGACUGACCGAGCUCCUCACCCUCUCUCUAAGGGAGAGCCCAGCCACUCUUUGGACGAUCAAAUUUCCCUUAGCAGGCAGCCCCCUGAACCCCUCAUCAGAACAAAGGUUUCCUGCCAACACUUUAUACACAGUCUGGACGACUGCCUCCAGCAGUAUGUGAAGAGCUUUGAGCGGGAGCAGAUAGGAGGAGAGCAGCUGUUGCACAUCACCCACCAGGAGCUGGAAGAGCUCGGAGUCACCAGGAUAGGACACCAGGAACUUAUCCUGGAAGCUGUGGACCUCCUCUGUGCCCUGAACUAUGGUUUAGAAACGGAAAACCUCAGAACACUGUCCCACAAGCUAAACGCCUCAGCUAAGAACCUCCAGAACUUCAUCCUUGGCCGACGAAGGGGUGGUCAUUAUGAUGGACGAGCUUCCAGAAGGUUGCCCAAUGAUUUCCUUACAUCAGUGGUGGAUUUAAUUGGCGCUGCUAAGAACCUGCUGGCCUGGCUUGACCGGUCUCCCUUUGCCAGCGUGACUGAGUAUUCAUUACUGAAGAACAACAUUGUGCAGCUGUGCUUAGAGCUGACCACCAUUGUACAACAGGACUGCACCGUCUAUGAAACAGAGAAUAAGAUCCUUCAUGUGUGUAAAACCUUAGCGGGGAUUUGUGACCACAUCAUCUCUCUGUCGUCGGACUCUCUGGUGUCUCAGUCAGCACAUCUGGAGGUGGUCCACCUCACCAGCAUCAUGCCCAGCGAAGGCCUGGGGAUGUACAUCAAGUCAACAUACGACGGCCUCCAUGUUAUCACUGGAACCACAGAAAACUCUCCUGCUGAUCAGUGUAAGAAGAUCCACGCUGGAGACGAGGUGAUCCAAGUCAACCAUCAGACGGUGGUGGGAUGGCAGCUGAAGAACCUGGUGAACGCUCUGAGAGAAGAUCCAUGUGGAGUCAUUCUGACGCUGAAGAAACGGCCCCAGAACACCCUGAGCUCCACGCCAGCUCUGCUCAGGAACGUCCGCUGGAAACCGCUGGGUCUGCAGCCCAUCCCAACCAGCCCCACCAGCACGUCCCCCACACCAGGAGGAACCCUAGGCAUGUCCAAAAUGGACGCCCCCAGCAUGCAGGACGUCUACAUCCUCUCUCCCGUCUCUGGACUCUACAGCACCAGGGAGGAAAUGGGCCUCAUGUCGUGUGAUGACAUCGGUCGCUACAGCGUUAGCUCCCAGUCUGGGUCUAAGGGUUCAGAGGCCAUUAGCUACUACCUAGACCAGGACAGCGGUCAGUACUUCUCUCUGCUAGAGGGGGACGGACCAUCUGGGCCGGACUACGACAGAGGCCGCAACACCGGCGUCCGGCGGAGGGACAAAACUCCAACACAUGGUGAUCUCAGACCUGUUUCCAUGCCUCCUGAAUAUAACUGGAUGGCCGAGGCCAAGGAACCCAGCAUGGGAAAGAGAGGGAGCAGAGAUUCUGACAAUUCAUUGCUUCGAUACCUCAGCGAUGACAAGAUCCUGGUCAUCGAGGAGGAGCCUGAUGGUCCGGGUAGGGAGAGCCGGCGGGAUUCCACCAGACGCUCCAGACGCAAGAGCCGUAACCCAAGCAGCCCCAGCUUCCCUCUCAGCCCCUCAAUGCUUUCCUCCACCCUGAGGCUGGACCAGCCGCCGGAGCCUCUGCCUCGAGGCGCAGACACACUGCGAGCCGAUACGGUGGACAGAUAUUCUGGCACAGGAAGCUCAGGAGCCGCCUCCAUGAGGAAGUCUUUCCAUUACACCUCUUUAAGAACGAAAACCAAAAAGAGAAGUAAAGGUUCCCUCACCAGCGCCAGUCGAAGGCGGAUCUCCUGUAAGGACUUGGGCCACGGUGACUGCGAGGGCUGGCUGUGGAAGAAGAAAGACGCUAAAGGCUAUUUCACCCAAAAAUGGAGGAAGUACUGGUUUAUCCUCAAAGAAUCCUGCCUUUACUGGUACACCAACCAAAAUGAUGAGAAGGCUGAGGGCUUCAUCAGCCUCCCCGAGUUCAGAAUAGACCGAGCCAUAGAGUGCAGGCGGAAAUUCGCCUUCAAAGCCUGUCAUCCAAAAAUCAAGAGCUUCUUCUUCGCCACAGAUUGUCUGGAGGAGAUGAACAGGUGGAUGAACCGGCUGGGUCUCGCUGCCAUUGGCUACACACCGGAUGAUAAAGUGCCGCGCCCUGAUGAAGACUACUGGAGUGAGAGCGAUCAGGACGAAGUUGACGGAUCGAUGACGCUCAAACAGGAGGGGCCCUCGUCCCUCUGUGAUACUUACCACCGAACACCAUCUUCCAACCUCCUGCACAGUUACGACCAGCUGCCUCGCUCACUGAGCUCCAUCAGCCUCAUGCGCUCAGCUGCAUCUCCACUCCCAAAAAGUGCCUCCACCUCCCCGAUUCCUCCACAGAUGGUUUCUUCCACCUCCCCUCUCCCUCUGCAGGUCAAUUCUUCCAGCCCUUUCCCGGAGUCCAAGCAUGGUCGUCAUUUCUCCAGCGAGUCCACUCACUCCCACUCCUCAGCUGAGGACCAGCGUGGAGAUGGCCUGGGCAUGGGCACGGGCAGCACCAGCACCCACUCGUCCAGCUGCCGCUCCUCCCACCGCGAGCGUCGCUCCUGGCAGGACCUCAUCGAAACCCCCCUGACCAGCGCCGGGCUCCACUUUCUGCAGACGGCACCAGGGGAGAGCGAUUACGGCAUGAUGGGGGGAAUAGCAGGAGAGAUGGGGUUCUAUGGGGGACUGGGCAGGCAGGGAAUGUCCCCAGACCGACGCAGACAAGCAACGCUACCUGUACGGAGACACCACGCAGCAGAGAGGGACAGGGAGCGCGACGGGCCCUUCCCUCUGGAGCGAGGGCCCUACACACACAGCCACACACACCGGCGCUCCCACAAACAGCGAAGUCAGAGUCUACCGAGGAACAGAGAUCCAAUCCUGGGGAAACUGUUGCACAGCGCAGCUCAUAUGGAGGAGAGGAGUGAGGAUGAGGAGGCAGAAGGUUCAGCAGCAGACAUGCUGGAGGCAGAGGAUGACCUGCGGGAUUUCCGGAUAGACAGCAGGGAGAGGAGGGUGUCUGAGGGGAGGGAAAGACGGGUUUCAGAAGGACGGGACUGUGAUCCCCUGGAUGGGCUAGAGCAGCUGUACCGGGCCCUGGAGCAAGCUAAUGUGACCGCGCUGGGAGACCCCAAGCCCUGCAGUAAACAGGAGCUCAGACGCUGCUUCACCCAGAGAGUCAGGGACCCGCUGCUCAACGACCGGCUUCACCGGGUCCGAGCCCUCCGCAGCACAUUGAAGGCCAAAGAGUCUGAGCUGGCAGUGAUCUGCGCCCUCCUGGAGGACCCCAGCCUCUGCUCCCAGACCUUCAGAGAGUGGAAGCAGUGGCACAGCGAGCUCUAUGCAGACAUCUGCCAGCUCAGCCCCGGCACCAACGGCCAGGACGACCUCUCCCCGAUGGGGGCACCUCUCAUGACCCACACGCACUCCUUCAUCGAGACACACGUGUGAGGCGAUGGAUGGCACCCUCUUUCAGACGCUGGCGCGGCGACGAACGCCCGGAGGGCUUUCCAUCGACCAUCACCACUCGGAGCACGUCCUCACACUCAAACACAGGAACAGACGUUGUAAGAUGUGUAAAUAUCACAGAGGGGAAGAGUCUGAGAGGUGUGGGGUGAACUUUUGAUAAUCAUGAGGACCCUCCCCAACACAGGGUGCCUACUGCAUGCCUGAACAGAAAGCAUUAAUCUUCCUUUGUCUAUGGAACUCACCUAAAGUCCACAAGCUUGUCAACUAAAACAGGAAAGAAUAACGACUUUAAACCCAUGUUUGUUUCUUUGCGUUGUGUUAAUGUUGAUGUUAGGGGGCAGGGGGGAGCCAUGUAGCAGCAAUACAGAGGAGAAACCUUUUCACCACAGCACUGUACUUUUCUACUGAUGAACUUUGCACCCAGAGCCACCAGGUCUCCCCCUCCCUCUGCAUCUUUCUUUUCUUCUCAUUGCAUAUCUCAAUGAUUUACAGGGAAAUCACUGUUAUUUCAGGCUUGUCUGAUGGGACAUGUGAGGGCGGAAGCUUCAGUGUUCAGACUGUGAGAGGUAGCCAUGAUUCGCCGUUUCUCUGGGAACCCAUGAAGCGAAGCAUCAACCGUGCCGUCCGCAGGCACGCUCCUUUAAACUGUGAAGUGUUCAGUCGUCUUGCAGAAGAAGGCUCCUCUGUUUUAAUGCAAUCCUGUUUCUGACCCCCCACCCACCCCUCCCUCUAUAAUAGUGCUCAAAGACUUGUGUAAAUGUGUAUACUGCUGUAAAUGUUUGAGUUCCACUACCACUGUGAUUCGCUUCUAGAGGUAGCGGAGAGGAGACGGCGCGUUUCUAUUAGUGUGGCUGCAGGAAAGUUUUUCUUUACUUUUUAUCUUGUUUUUUUUCACUGAAUGCAAGAGCAAAGGAGUUCUCUUUUCAAAGCAGUCACUCACUACAAAGAAUGCACUUUCUAUAUCUCUGUAUCCCAUCGGCUGCAUCACAGGGUCUGCGUCUCAUCAGCAUCCUCCUCAUUGCUCUUCAGAUAUCAGGUAAAUUCAUCUGCCCUCUCAUUUUAUAACGAUUUGUGUACAGUCUACAGAUAUAUUUAAACAUAGGAGAAUAUAUAAAUCUAUUUACAUUUUGUGUCAUAGAUGUAAAGUAAGAUGUAUUCUAUGCCAAGGUUUUUGCCCCCCUCCCCCCGGCAGGGUGCUGUGCAGCAGUUUGACUCGUUGGACUCACUGCUAUUCCUUCUCUUGGUGACGUGUUGCAUGAGGAAAGAUCCGGGACUAGUUAGACUGGACAGGGUAAAAUACUGUGGAUUCGUUUUUCUUUUUAUUUAUUAGUCUUGUAGCGCAUGGUACAUGCAAAAAAAUAUUCUUUUUAUAGUAUAUAUUUUCACAUUUAUUAAGUCUUUUAUCAUUGCUGACAGUUUACAGACACACACUGUACAACAGAGGGAGUUUUUUUCUUUUCUAGAAGGUUGUGAGUUUGGUCCAUUUAUAGUUUCUUCCAAAAGUAUUCACACCCCUAAAACUAGAAUUAAAAUCUCUAUUUUCAUUGUUGAUGCCUAAUUUUAACUCAGACAAUCGGCUCAGGUUGCUCAUAUUAAACAAUGAAAAACAGAGCAAUGGGCAUCCUUAGAAGACUUUAGGAAGUCUUUAAAAAUAAGAUAUUCAGAUAUACGCCUGAAAGAAACAGAUCGCUAACGGUACGAGCGCGUAGGACGGCCUUACGGAAUCAUAUCACCAUGAUUGACAGCUAGGAGGACCACUGAUGGAGAUGAUCCACCUGGAAAUAAAAGAUCCUCCUCUAUACCUUCAAUAUACCACAAGUUUCAUUUUGUUUAUGUUUUAGGUGAUAAACCAAAUCACAGCAAAAUGAAAUGUAAUCAGAAAAUGAUGCGUCAAUUUGGUUGAUUUUGGUUCUUAAGCACUUUACCUUUUUACUGUGAUUCCAAAUGCAAGAUUAUUGCAACAAUAUCUCCACCAGAUCUUGAGCGUAGAGAUCAACUGAUUCAGGUUUUUUCAGAUUAUUUUGACUCCAGUGUAACUGAAUCCCGAUUUGUGCUGCAGUUUUUAGAAAGCAUUAUUGUUUUAUUCUUCCUUCAUUUAUGAGAUAAAAAUUAAAAUGAUUAUAAAUGUUUCAAAAUCUGAAAGCAAAUACCAGGAAAAAAAAACCUUCCAGAAAUAUUGUCUGGUUGCUCUAUUUCUAACAUGUUUUUGCCUCUUCUUUACUAAAUAGAUCAAACUCGGUGAGAAACAUGGAGAUCUUUUCAUCUCUAUUUCUGUCUCAUCUGAAGAAAGAACAAUCUUCCAUCUCCUGCGUUGCUUGAUGUAAAACGUUGAAUGCAUUUUUCACCAGUAGCUUGUUUUUAUAACCCUUCUUUCUCAAACUGUAAGCUGUGCAUGACUAAUGUCCACCUGAGCUGUGGAACUGCUGCUGCUCCUCCAGAGUUACCAGAAGCAUCUUUCUCCCCGGCCUGACGUUCAGCUGGAUGGUUUUUAUUAACCUCACCCUGCUUUAAAUAUCUGCAACAUUUUCUUUAAAACUUUUCUUUCUGCUUACUUUAACUUUAUGAAUCUUGUUUUAUUUGAAACUAAACUGAUAUUUUAUUUAGGGUUCUUUUAGCAAAUAAAGCAAAAUAUAACAGUGUUCCAUUACUUUCAGAUUUUUAAUCUUUAGAUAUUUUUUGGGUGGAAUUGUCCUUAUAUUUAUGGAAAGUUUGAGUUAAUCUGUUACAUAAAAUAAGAAAAAAAUAAAUUGAAUAAAAUGAUUUUCCCCUACUGGGUCAAAUAUGCAUACAGCAAACUGAUUACUAGGGUGUCAAUACUUUUGGAAGAUGCUUUUUAAAGAAUGAAAUGUGAAAAUCAGGGUUUCAGUCGGUAGAGAAGGACUUUGCUUCCCUAAUAUUUGCACCCAGGAAGUGGCUGAUGCUGAUUGGUCACAGAGAAACUAAAAUGAAUCAUUUCAUCUGCAACAUCAGGCCAAGGACUCAACAGUGCCCCCCAGUGUCCAAAACUCUGAACAACGUGUAGCACCUGCUGCAUCCAGCUCUGUAUGUCCUGACUUCAUUUUUUACUGUUGGUCUUGAGUAGAUUUUCCAUCACAUCACACCGAAGUAAAACAUCAAACCUAUUUUUCCAAUCGUUCAUUUUUUAGAGUGCCACAAAGAAACUCAAUGAUGCAAGCACUUUCCCUGUGCCUCCCAAAUCCUCUCUUUGACAGCAAAGGUCUCACCACACCAGUGUUCCCUCUCACAUCUGCGGCAGACGAAGAGCUACGAUGCAGCUCCAUGCUCUCCAUCAUGUCGUAGAAGUGCAGGUCUUCUAUCUCCAGCUGCUGCUCCUAUGAGCGGCUGGCAGACUGUAGAUGAAGAAGAGUGUUUGAUUUAGACACUAGUUAUUCCUAGCAGACCUGUGAGUGUGAGUGUGUGUGAGUGUAGACCUGCAGAAACAGGCUGAAAAGAGAGAUUCCACUGUGUGUUCUUUCAGGGGUGUACACCUCAUGGUACAUUGCACAGGUGUGUAAGAUGUAAGUUGCACUGCGACAUUAAAAAAGGAACAUAUUGCUCUUUUUCAAGGAUAAUAUUAGCUUACUGUUAUUCUGUACAUUAAACUGACUAAAGAUGAUAUUAAAAAGAAAGAAAAUGACAUUUAUUCUUCCUAAAGUAGCCUUUUUUGAUUUCAUAUAUAUGAAAGUAUAUAAAUAUAUAUAAAUAUAUAUAUAUAUUACAAAAAAUACAGAU